GAUGUAUUUACUAUUAGUCUUUGAUAGUGGUUGUGUCGAGUCCUCAUUUGAGUCAUUUUUGAUUUUAUACAAUUUUUGAAAACAAACUGUAAAUAUAAAUUUUAACAUUAUUACUUUCACGGAGAUAUAAAUAAAUUAAACAAUCAUGGCUAAAAUGGCAUUUCAACAUCAAGCCGGAACGGCAAUGGAAUGUCUUAGUAUUCCAAUAACUUUACAAAAAGAGGCCGGUGUUGAUGCUGAGGGUCGUGAAGUUAUGAAAUGUGGAUUUAAAAUUGGAGGUGGUAUAGAUCAAGACUAUCGUAAGAGUCCUCAGGGAUAUACGGAUAAUGGCAUCUAUGUAACUGAAGUGCAUGAAGGAAGCCCAGCUGCUAAAGCCGGUUUGCGUAUGCAUGAUAAAAUUCUACAAUGUAAUGGGUAUGACUUUACAAUGGUAACUCAUAAAAAAGCUGUUAGUUAUAUAAAAAAACAUCCAGUAUUAAACCUUCUAGUGGCAAGAAAAGGUGUGACUUCAACAUAACUAAAUUAAUAAUUCUAGAACAAGAGAUAAUAUGGUGUUAUUUAUUUUUUAAAUAAGUUAGUUAUUUAAUUUUGUAAUAUAAUAAUUAGGAAAACAA